UUUCUAUGUAUUUAUUCAUUUAUUUUUUGCUAUUACAGAUCAACAGUUCCAAAAUGGGUACAUCACGCAGUGAUCCCGAUUGUGAAGUCCCUGGAAAAAUACAUUCCUCCGCCGUACGCCGGCGAAAUCCGCGGCCUGGCCUCUGUCUUGGGAGGGAACCUGUCUGAUGCCAUCAUUCUUAACUUUGCCUAUGAAUUCACUGCAUUUUGCACCAGCAUUGUGACUCAAGAUGAAAAUGGGAACGUGUUUCACGGGAGGAAUCUCGAUUAUCCUCAUCCUGUUCUGAGGAAUAUGACCAUGAAUUUAGUCUUCCAGAAGAAUGGAAAGGCGGUGUACUACGGGACGUCGUUUGCCGGUUAUGUCGGCUUGUGGACAGGAAUGAGUCCCAACAAAUUCACCAUAUCCGGCGAUCAGCGAGGGACUGAGCACUGGUGGAACUGGUGGAAGAAUGUUGUGUCCGCGUUCCUGUUUCACAGGUCGCCGGUCAGCUGGCUCGUGAGGGAGACCCUGGAGGAGGCCGAGGACUUCCUGGAUGCAGUCAUGCGUCUGUCCAAAACCCCCCUCAUCACCGGGGUGUACUACAUCGUGGGCGGGGUGCGAGCGGGAGAGGGGGUCGUCAUCACCAGAGACCGAAAGGGUCCCGCUGACAUCUGGCCCCUGGAGCCUUUAAAUGGAGGAUGGUACAGAGUGGAGACGAACUUUGACCACUGGCUUCCUCCUCCUGCAUCAGACCAUCGAAGGGAAACGGCAAACAAGGCUCUCAACGCUACAGGUCAAGACCACAUCAACAUGGACAAACUUUAUCAGGUCUUGUCACUGCAUCCCAUCUGCAACAGAAUUACAAUUUAUACCACAGUUAUGAGUGCAGCAUCGCCUGGGAAUUACACCACAUUCAUCAGACCACAGGGCUGCUUCAAGACCGACUGACCUGGCUGUGAAAGACAAACACAUUUCUGCUGAUCUCAUCAGAUACGUAGAAGUGAGACUGAGGAGGUUUGACUUCUUCUUUUUAGGAUGAAACUGCCUUUAAAGAAAGAACAUUUAAUCUUGUUGCUGCCUUACCCAGCUAGCUUACUACUGGUGCAUUUUGAAGCACUAAUUAAUUAAAAACAGUAUUAGAGAAAAAUGCUCAAAUGGUCAAAAUGUGAAAUUUUGACCAUAGUCUCUAAUUUUUUUUCUUUUGCCUUCUAAAAAACAAAACAAACAGACAAAAUUAAGGAAACGAUUGUUUAAUUGCCCGAAAAUGGGUUAAAAUAACUCAGUUUGUCCAAGGAGACUUCUAAUGAAAAACGGCUGAAUUGAAUUGUGGGUAGACAUGAGAUAACCAAACACACAGUUUGAUAUUGAGCUCAUUUAUCUAAAAAGUGUUUUCACAUUAUCUCACAGAAAAAAGCUUGACCUUAAACUAAAGCCACUGAAAUCUACUAUUGGGAACCAGAGCAACAUAAAUAAUGAUGAUCUCCAAUCACUCACACCAUUACAUUUAUCCAGCAAUAAAAAAAGAAAACUGGAGUUCUUUAGUAAGUGCACAUACAACUGAAUGUCUUAUGCAAAUUGUGUAAAUAAUGUAAUUUUACUGAUGCUUUUUAAAACCAUACAAAUGUUUUAACAGGUUUUUGGGGACUUCUUUGUAUAUGCCAAUUAUUUUUGUGCGUUUGCAAUAAAGCUUUAAUCCAAAAUGUGAAACGUUUCAAAAAGAAAAAGUAGAUAGGAAUUAUUUAACAACUGAUUGCGAGAACACAUUUUCAUUGCUGCGUUGCGCCAUGUCAUAAUGGAUGUCAGCUUGUUUGGAAAUCACUUGCUGAUUUUAAUAAAACCUUGCCUUACUCAC